CUUACUUGUAAAUGGUCAUUAAAUGACCGAUAACAAUCAUUUAAAUUUAGUAGACAUUCACCGGUGAUCAUGUGACCUCGCCAUUUUGAAUACAAUUGGCGUAAACUGUCAUCACACUUAUAUUAUGUGCACUUGAAGUGGCCAUGAUAUAAAGCCCCAAAGUUUUCUUGGGCGCUGUACUACCGUUGUUGCCAUGGAGAAAAUGAUGAGUAAACUGCGCUCCUUAAGUGGCAGCAAACUGAACACAUUGACAAGUUCUGUUUCCAAGGCAACCACAUCUGCUGCAUCUAGCAACACUUCUGCUCCCAGCAAGGAAGAUAUACUCAGUACCCUUGAUGGCUUCGGAGAGAAGAUACAGGAUCCCAUUCCCCACGAGGACAACAACAACAUCAACAUCCGACACACCAGUAGCGUUGCCAGCGUCAACAGCAGCAGCUGUAUGGACACCUCGGCCAGCGACUCGGAACCUACCAUCACCAGCAUCACACACUCAUACAGUUUGGAAUGGGAAAAACUGUUCAUGAAGCCAGGCUACCUCCGUCACUUGAAGAACUACGCUCUGAAGGGAAACCUCAGGAGUAGUCGCUUCAGAAGCAUAGCAUGGAAAUUGUUCCUGGAAGUGUUACCAGAGGAGUCCACCCAGUGGUUGAACAGGACGCGGCACAUGAGGCAGAAAUACAUGGAACUUAAAGACAAGCUGAUAGUGAACCCCAGAAAAGCAGUGGAUACAGUGGAUCUCUCAUUUAACAACCCUUUAUCACAAGAGGAUGAGAGUCCUUGGAAUCGUUUCUUCCUUGACAAUGAGUUGAGGCUGACCAUUAAACAGGAUGUCAUAAGAACUUUUCCUGAGAUCCAGUUUUAUCGGGACGAUGGUGUACGUGAGAUGAUGAUUAAUAUUCUCUUUUGUUACGCACGAGAUCACCCGGAACUCUCAUAUCGCCAGGGUAUGCACGAGUUACUCGCGCCGAUGAUUUUUGUGCUGCACUGCGACCACCAGGCUUUCCUGCAUGCUUCUGAGAUGGAGUCGCUAGAGGAGAUAGAGCCUUCCUCGCGUGAGAGGAUCAGGUGUGUGUUGGACCCCAAGUAUUUGGAGCAUGACGCAUACGCCAUGUUUGCUCAGGUGAUGCAGACAGUUGAGCCCUGGUAUGUCUCCAAAGAAGUCUACCCAACCAAGGCUGAUUUAGACCCUACUGCCACUCAGCCGUUUGCCAAGCCCCAGGACUUGAACCCAUCCAAUGUGAUCGUGACCAAACUGACACGUAUACAAGACUACCUCCUCAAGAAGGCUGACCACGAGCUGCACGUGCACCUUGAACGACAGGAAAUAGCUCCACAGAUCUAUGGGAUUCGUUGGAUACGUCUCCUCUUCGGACGUGAGUUCCCCAUGCAGGAUCUGCUGGUGCUGUGGGACGCCAUAUUUGCUGACAGCAUCGGCUUUGAUCUUGUGGACUAUAUCUUCGUGGCCAUGCUUCUGUACUUGAGGGACCAUCUGCUGUCUAUUGACUACCCCUCCUGUCUGAUCACUCUGAUGAGGUACCCACCAGUGGGAGACAUUCACUACUUCAUAGACAAGGCACGCUACUUGAGAGACCCACAUCAAUUUCCACGCCCUCCAACAUACACAUACCAGAGUGUUCAAACUGCUGAGAGAUUCUCCCCCGCACAGCCGACAGAAAUGGCUCCCUUGAAGCCUAGUAACAGUAGUUCAGGAACGCUGCAGUCCCUUACACGUAAACUGUACUCCACAUCACGUCCCAAAACUCUAACAGCCCCUGGGCGACAGAAACUGUCGAAAUCCUCUAGCGAACCAAUGAAUUUGCAGACCGAUAUCUCGCCAGUGAGCCCGACUCCCGGUGCGGUCCCUCAGCACAAGCGUGGGUCCUCAGCCAGUCUCUCGCAGGUGGAGGACUCUGUGUUCCGCUCGGUGCAGUCUCACUCCAGUCUGGGCAGGUUUGAGACCCAGAGCCUUCAGUCUCCCGCCACCACCCCUGACAACGUCUCCAUUCCAGAGAGUCCGACACGAUACGCCACCAUGCCCAACAGGGGCAAGGCUAAAAAGCAGGUCAAACAGGCGGUCCCUCCCAGUAACACGGAGGUGGAGCUUGCGUCAGUGCGCGGUCUGCUGCACGAGAAGCAGUCAAUGUGUACGUACUGUGCCAGCAAGCUGGACCACCAUAUAGAGAGACUGCAGGCAGAACUGCUGCAUCAGGUCCUUAAGAACGAGGAUGAGAUAAUGGUGGCCAUCGCAGGCAUAAAACAGGUUCGAGACGUACUGAAGGGUACUCUUCGCUGGUCCCAAAACCUGGGGAACGCUGACGAGGAUAUCUCCAUCAGCGACGAUCACUACAAGAUGGAGGUGGCCUCCUCAUCCACCUCCCCCACGACCGACUCCUCCCCAGGUGCUCUGGACUCACCGGACCGCGGUUGCCAGGGAAACAAGGCCACGGAGAAGAGGCUGUUCUACGUGAGCAGCGAGGAAAACUCGGAGGCCAUCGAUUCCCCAAGUGAGGCUGGCGCUGUAGCAGUCGGAAGCGGUCCGAUCAACUUCGGUCUGCCCGUGAAUCGUAUAGUUGAAAUGGAAGACCUGAACGCGGCGAGGUAUCGAGGAAAAGACAAGCGGCGGAACAGCCCGAGUAGGGGCAAGUCUGGACCAAACAACGUUGAGUCUGAUUUUUCCAACUCAUGGAGUCCGGAGAGUGGACACAGUGAAAUGGACCAGAGUCCGGAUUCUGAGAUGGAGGAGAGUCCGAACCCACUCUAUCGGAUCAGACACAGUUCCUAUAACUUGUGAGCCAUAUAUAAGACACAGCUCCUAUAACUUGUGAAUCAUCUUUGUUAGUGCUUUGAUGACUUUAUCCAUACUUUAUUGCAAUGCAGUGAUCAUUUUACAAAAUCAUAUGUGUUUGUGUAGAGUGUUCCACUAUGUGUAUCAGCAAAAUCAGCAAUAGUCAAAAUGGUGCUCCAUACAUAAAUCAUUUCAAAAUAGCAUCUAGUAAAUAACCCAAAACCAGACACCUUGAGUUGCCUCAAAGUUGUAAAAGAAUUGAUGUCUAAGAACCUGUAUAUGGGUAAAAAAAACUCACUCUUAACCCUUUACCACUUAGAUAUGUAUUCAACCCUUUACCACUUAGAUAUGUAUUCAAUCCUUUACCACUUAGAUAUGUAUUCAACCCUUUACCACUUAGAUAUGUAUUCAACCCUUUACCACUUAGAUACGUAUUCAACCCUUUACCACUUAGAUAUGUAUUCAACCCUUUACCACUUAGAUACGUAUUCAAUCCUUUACCACUUAGAUAUGUAUUCAACCCUUUACCACUUAGAUAUGUAUUCAACCCUUUACCACUUAGAUAUGUAUUCAACCCUUUACCACUUAGAUAUGUAUUCAACCCUUUACCACUUAGAUACUUAUUCAACCCUUUACCACUUAGAUAUGUAUUUAACCCUUUACCACUUAGAUAUGUAUUUAAUCAUUUACCACAUAGAUACAUAUUUAACCAUUUACCACUUAGAUAUGUAUUUAACCCUUUACCACUUAGAUACAAAUUAAAUCCUUUACCAUUUAGAUAUUUUUAAGCUUGUGUUGUAAAAUUUCAUGGAAGACCUCUCUUAAUAGAUUCAUGUUUUAAAGGCUUCAUUUCCAACCCUUAGAUACUGAUAAGCAGACAUGAGAGUUACUCGCAGGCUGUUCUAGUUUUAUGCUGUUUGCACUUUGUUUCUGAGUGGGAAAGGGUUUAUACUUGGGUACUUGAUACUGAGCCCAUAUUCAACCAGUUAUUCUUCUACUGAAGUCUAAGAAUAACAAAUAUUCUUUGAAUUGGAAUAUUCAAGAUUUGCUUUCAUUUUGAGUCAGGUUUGGCAUUAAGUUCCUCCACCUCUGCAUUUCUUCAUGAAAACACUCUGUUAAGGACAUUAUCAGCAGUGAAAACUUGUAUAUUUUAAAACGCUUGACGUAUUUUUCUUGGUUCUAUUACUUAUAAUUUAGUCUAAGAAUGGCUAGGUGAAUAUGAGCCCUGGAGUACUGAAAAAAUGUUCCUAAUAUAGUAACAUAACUAAAUGCAAACACAUUGUGUUCCAAAGACAUACUUUCCUGACCAUAUAUGUUUGUCUUGUUAUUUUUCGUAGACAUGUGGGGGGUUUUCAAACUGCUUAUUAUUGUAACAUUCCAAUGAGAAUGCACUACACAUGUUCAUUGACGGAGUACGUUGAUACUGUGACUUUGUCACUCAAUAAUGUCACAUCUGUAGUGUAUCUCGAUCCAUUCUAAUAAAUAUGUUUAUCGGUAUGUAUAUAAAGCUUUACAUCAGUGAUACAUUUUCCUUAACUUCUAUUGAAUGCAUUUGCUUUUGUUACCUUUAUUCUUUAUUUUCAUUUUCUACUGUUUUAUCUGUGAUACUUCUGUUAAAGAACCUGUUAUUACAAGCUUUUACGUCAUUUUCAAGUACUGAGUGUCGUAGUUUUGCUUUUUACAAUCAACAAAGCUAAAAAUGCACCUAAUGCGUUCAUAAAUAAGUGUUCACACAAAAUAUAAGGCAACUUUCCAAAGUAUUUUGUGUGUUCAAUGUUGCAGCUCAAAUUUAUUUAUGAAAAAGUCAAUGGUGUGAUCAAACUUUAUUCCUAAUGCAUGCGUAUUUGUUAAUGUCUCAUUAACUUCACUGCCAGUUAUGAUGAUGUGCAUUCCCGGAUGUCAUUUCCAUUCAUUUAGUAUAACUUUAUUGUAUAUAGAGAAUAUUAUGUGAGUUUGGGAUAAAGAUUAAGUUUAUCAUGCACGGCUUAGAACCGAUGUAGCUCAAGUUUCUGACAAACACAUAUUUUGUUCCAUUAAUAAUUAUAAAAUAUCACACUUUUUGAAGAUUUUAUUAAGGGAGGGUUAAUUAAGUUUAGUUAUUACUUUGUGUACUUUAAUAAAUUAAUAGUGGACUUCUGCAUUUGUUCUGUGACGAGUACCAUGAUUAAGAUAAGUAUAAUGCAAUAAACAAUUUCUGCACUUAAAAAAAAUGAAAUUGAGCAUUUUUCUUACCUAUUGGGGACAAAGGCGGGGUCACCUCAGAUCUUAAAGAUUUUUUUAACAUAAAUACAUGUUUAUGUUCUUCUUUGUUUUAAAAAUUAAUCAACUACUUUUCAAGUAAUGCUAACUAAGAUUAUGCUUAAAACUUGGUUCUAUGAAAUGUGAUGGGAUUAUUUAGAAAAAUUGCAGUUAUAAGUAAUUGUUUGUCCAAAUUUAGUCUCCUUUUUAUUCAAAGUGAAAGUCUUAAACGAUAUAGGUAUUUUAAUGCUUUUUAGCAAUAAAAAAAAUUAUUUUUGAGCACGGGAAUUUCAGCCUGAAAAGUCACUGAAAUGGCCAAAACAUUGAAUGGCAUUCACUGAACGGGGACCAUUUCAAUCAUGACAGAUUAUGCAUUUUGUAGUAAUAGAAAAUUUUCAUUUUAUAUGAAAAAUAAAUUAUAUUUGUAUAACUUAUAUUUACUCAUAUUGAUAAUGGUGUUCUUUAAUUCAUAAAAUUACAUGCUAUUUGUAUGUUAAUAAUACAUAAACCAAUGUAUAUACAAAGUGUAUGUUCAA